AUAUAAAGUAUAACCUCAUCAUGUUACAUAUUUACAUGUAUGUCUGUUUGAAUGAACCACACAUAUUAUGCUCAUAAUUUGCAUUCAGUUGCUUGUCUAUACAGUGUAAAAUGUGUAUUAAAAUGCUAUAGAUUAAAUACAGUAGAUUGAUAUUCUUAUUAAUUGAGAAAGCAGUUUAGAAAAUAAGACAAAGCAAUUAAAGUUUUGUGUGAGGAUUAACAUGAAUAUCAUGUCUAUUAUAUUUCUAGACGCUAUGCUGUGGUUUAUGCAAUUCUUUCUGCUUCUGGCAUGUAUUGGUUAUACAAUUGCCACUACAGAUGAAAUCAGACUGGUGAAUGGCAGUGACUCCUGUUCUGGACGAGUGGAGGUUCUCUACAACGGUCAGUGGGGAACAGUGUGUGAUGAUGGCUGGGAUCUGUCAGAUGCUGCAGUGGUGUGUAGAGAGAUGGGCUGUGGGGAUGCUAGAGAGGCAAAGAGGGCUGCUUAUUUUGGACAUGGAUCAGGACAGAUAUGGAUGGAUGAUGUAAACUGCGCUGGCACUGAGUCCUCACUAAAGAACUGUAGGACAAGUGGAUGGGAAAGACACAACUGUGGACAUCAUGAAGACGCUGGAGUCAUCUGUGAAGCCUUUAUUAGGUUGGUAAAUGGCAGUGACUCCUGUUCUGGACGAGUGGAGGUUCUCUAUAAUGGAACAUGGGGAACAGUGUGUGAUGAUGGCUGGGGUCUGUCAGAUGCUGCAGUGGUGUGUAGAGAGAUGGGCUGUGGGAAUGUGAUAGAGGCAAAGAGUGUUGCUUAUUUUGGACAAGGAUCAGGACAGAUAUGGAUGGAUGAUGUAAACUGCACUGGCACUGAGUCCUCACUAAAGAACUGUACGACAAGUGGAUGGGGAAGACACAACUGUGGACAUCAUGAAGAUGCUGGAGUCAUUUGCAACUCUGUAAGGUUGGUAAUGGGUGACAACUCUUGUUCUGGACGAGUGGAGGUUCUCUAUAAUGGAACAUGGGGAACAGUGUGUGAUGAUGGCUGGGGUCUGUCAGAUGCUGCAGUGGUGUGUAGAGAGAUGGGCUGUGGGAAUGUGAUAGAGGCAAAGAGUGUUGCUUAUUUUGGACAAGGAUCAGGACAGAUAUGGAUGGAUGAUGUAAACUGCACUGGCACUGAGUCCUCACUAAAGAACUGUACGGCAAGAGGAUGGGGAAUACACGACUGUGGACAUCAUGAAGAUGCUGGAGUCAUGUGCACUGUAUCUGUCAGGUUGGUGAAUGGAGACAACUCCUGUUCUGGACGAGUGGAGGUUCUCUAUAAUGGAACAUGGGGAACAGUGUGUGAUGAUGGCUGGGAUCUGUCAGAUGCUGCAGUGGUGUGUAGAGAGAUGGGCUGUGGGAGUGUUGCAGGUGCAAGUCAUGCUUAUUUUGGCCAGGGAUCAGGGCCGAUGUGGUUGAAUAAUGUACAAUGUAUUGGGAGUGAAUCUACUUUAAAAAGAUGCAGAUCAAAUGCAAGUGCCUCCUGCAGUAAUUAUAAAGGUGCUGGAGUCAUCUGUCAACCUCCUGUCUUAUUGAAAAAUGGCAGUGACUCUUGUUCUGGAAGAGUGGAGGUGCGCCACAAUGGAAUAUGGGGAACAGUGUGUGAUGAUGGCUGGGAUCUGUCAGAUGCUGCAGUGGUGUGUAGAGAGAUGGGCUGUGGGAAUGUGAUAGAGGCAAAGAGUGGAGCUUAUUUCGGACAAGGAUCAGGGCAUGUGUGGAUGAAUAAAGUGAGAUGUAAUGGAACAGAGUCUACACUGAAGGACUGUGUAUUAAGUGGAAGAGUUCAACAGAACUGCAGCCAUGAAAAAGAUGCUGGUGUUAUCUGUGGAGCCAAAAUUCAAUUGCAGAAUGGUUCCAGCUCCUGUUCUGGACGAGUGGAGGUUCUCCAUAAUGGAACAUGGGGAACAGUGUGUGAUGAUGGAUGGGAUGACAGAGAUGCUGCAGUGGUGUGUAGAGAGAUGGGAUGUGGGGAUGCGAUUGAGGCAAAAAAAGGUGCUUUUUUUGGGAACGGCUCAGGACCAAUAUGGAUGAAUAAUGUAAAUUGUUAUGGGGAUGAGCUUACUCUAAAGAGAUGUAGAUCACAUGGAUGGGACAUACAGAACUGUAAUCAUCAUAAAGAUGCUGGUGUCAUCUGCCAAAAUGACAAUUUAUCUUCAACAACUGCAAAAACAAGCUCAACAACAGAAGUGAAGUCUGCAGCUGCUGUUUCUACCACCAGUUCUCUAAGAAACAACUCUUCCGUCUCUUCACAAGAGUACAUCACACAGAUGCUGCAGGGUAAAGGAAUCCCCAAUGGAGUGUGGAUCGGGCUUGAACGGAGUAUGCUCUUUACUUGUUCGCACUGGCUGUGGACCGCUGGGCCAUAUGUGGACUAUGCAUCAUGGCAUCAAACAUUUCCAGUGGACCUAGGGAGCAGGUUUUGUGGAAAACUUCUUAGGGACGAUUCCAAAGAGAACAUGAUUGGAUGGGUGGAUGCUUGCUGCCAUGAGCAACUUACUUUUAUUUGUCAGGGAUGA